AUGGUGCCUGAAGAUGUGGUUUUCUUUAAAUUGAUUUGCAGGAAGACCUCAAAUUGGGGUGUCAAGAAGAGGGAAAGAGCUAUCUUUGAGCGAAUUGAGCUGACUCGAGUUUCCCAAGCUGAGGCUUAUGACACCAAAUUUAUAAGGAAUCUUGUUGCAAUAGCUCCUAAUAAGGAGAUGUUGAAGAAAUCCCUAGCUGAGAAGAGACAAGCCAGGCUUGUUGGGGAGGCUAGAGCUAAUAAGCAGAGGCACUUGGGGAAGUCAUUCGAGCUCCCUCAUCGCGAUGUUGAACUACCAAUUUUCAAGGAGGUUAUUACUGCUGACCUCCCUUCAACCUAA